ACGGCGACGACGGCGGCGACGGCGGCGACGACGACGACGACGACGACGACGACACCGACGACGGCGACGGCGACGGCGACGGCGACGGUGACGGCGUCGGCGUCGACGGUGACAACCACGACUGCGACUAAACAGGCAGCUAAGACGAACAGAACGAUAAUUACGACAGAUACGACGAAUUCGACAGUAACGGCAGUAACAGCAAGGGCGUCAAUUACGAAAAGAAUAAAGUGGUGUUAUUACUUCAUCGUGGAUAUUUUACAGAGAAUUUUGCAUUGGUUGUGUUCAAUGCAAUAGUUGAGAAGUUAAAUGUAUAAAGAAAAUACCUCAGACACAAUGGAUGCAGUAAGCAAUGGAGCUUCAGGAAGUGCAGUGGCUUGUCCAGUCUGUACCCUCUAUCUACGUGAGGGUAUCAGCUUACAAAGACAUUUGGAUACUCAUCCAAAAGAACAAGUCAUCGAAGCUCUUAUCAAAGCUAGUACCAAUUCCUCAAAUGUGCAACAGACACAGUUAUCAUCAUCAGCACCUCCAGCAUCUCCAGCUAUACAAUCAUCCCAAAAUACACCUCAAGUUGCACAGAAUACUCAUCUAUCGGCUCAAUCUCCAUAUCCUAUAGGACCUAUUUUCGAAUGUCCACCUAUCGGUACUGUGAUGCCACCUCAGUUUGCUUCAUUUAGUUAUCAACAGUUUGUAAAUAAUGGCACUAUGAUGAUACCACAAUAUGCAAUGGCUCCACAAGCUAAUCAAAUGAUGCAAAUGCUGUAUAAUCCAUAUGGUAUGUAUCAGCAGCAACAAAUACCAACUGUUCAAAUGAUUUCGCCAGUCACAGCCAUACCAAACACCACUAGAGUCAGGCCAGUGGUAACUAUGGCUGGUGAAACAACUGGUAGGACUGCCAUUGCUGUACCUGUAAAUAAUUCCGAGCCAAAACAAAUUUUACCUGAGAUUUUACCUGAAUCGGAGCAGGAGUCUGAACAAAUGUUAUCAGAUAUCAACCUUCCAGUUUCUCCUCCAUCAUUAAACGAAGAUAAUUCUAUGCAGCAAAAUGAAAGUGAAACUAGUACAAUUCAAAUAGAGCAAGAAGGAGAGGAGCCCCUUGGUUCAAGUACAGAUCAGCAUACUGUGCAAGAUGAAUAUGAUAGCAUUCCAAGAUCAUUGGCAAUUACUUGUAAUGUCAAUGUCACUACAGAUGAUAAAGUUGAGAGUGUAUUGCCGGAUAUUGAUAAUGGGGAAUCGUCGUGCGUUGUUACUACAAACGUGCAGUGUAAGUCUAUUCAUUAUGAAUCGUCAGAAAUGCAGGAGUAUGUACACAGAUAUGAAGAUGAUGAUGAUAAUAAUAAAGUUAUUAUGCCUGAAGUAUCACCAAUGGUAACAGAAAAUGAGACAGAAAAUGCAACUAAUGAAAAAGUUCCUCACAGAGAAGAAAUAAGCAAAAAUGAAGGUACCUCAGCAGAAAUGCCUGUAGAAGAUACAGUAAAAGCACCAGCUCAGCCUGAAGUAGAACAAUUAGAACGUCUUUUAAUCACUAUUAUGGAAAAUGAAUUUAAUAAUACUCCACAGAAAGAAUCCAAUUUUGAAGAUGAUAAAAAGACGAGUAAAGAUACAAAGAAAAAUACUUCUCCUGAAAGGGCUGAAAGUGUAAUACAUGAAAUAACUAGUAAUAAUCCCAUUGAAUAUAAAAACAGUUGUAAAUCUGAUGUAAAACUAAAAGUUAAUCAAAGCUCGGAAAUUAAUAUAGGUAAUGAUGAAAAUAAAAGUUCUUGUCUUUUAUACAAUUAUAAAAACAGUUUGUCUGCACCUCCAUCACCUAUUGUACAAAGAAGACCCCAUAGAACCUAUUCUGUUCAUUCAGAUUUUAGUUCAAAUGAACACCUUAAUUUUUAUCCAAUUGGUUUUGAUGCAAGCACAUUGCACGAUGAGGAAGAUGAUGAAGAUGAAAAAAAUGAAACAGAAGAUAAUUUUGAUGAGGCAGAUAUGGAAAUAGAGGAAAUACCUAGCCCACAUACUCCUUUUAUUAAAUAUGAUGAAAAUGCAGACAAUGUUAGAUCUCAUACUCCAUUAUCUGCAAGUAGUGGUAUUUCUGUAUUAAGAGUUAGAAAGGAUCUUAGUAAACCAUGUUCACCUGCUUCUGUCCAUUCAUUUUGUCAUAUGGAUGCUAAUGGAAUAAGCCACGAUGAAGAAAGUAAUGUAGCAAUGGAUGAAUCACCAGAAAAAGAUCCUAUUGAUUGUUCUUUAGUUGAACAAGACGUGAAAGCUGAUCAGUCAGAACUUUCCUUAUGUAAAAAUGAGAAAAAAAUGGAAGGAGAUUCUGCAUAUCAAUCUGGAAUUAGUGACCAUAUGAGUUCAUUUUCUACAAUUCAUUCACAACAUUCUCAGCAAUCAACAUUAAUGGAUGAAUCUUAUAACAUGCCAAGUAAAAGUAAUAAUCAUGUAAAUUUAUCAGAAUCUAGUGAUGUCGCAAGUAGUUCUGACUCAAAGAGUUUUCAUUCAUCUAAAUCAAUUAUACAAAAACAAUCUGUGGAACUCCUUAGUUUAAAUGAAGAUGCCCAUGCAGGUCCAAUGAAUGUGUUUGAAUUUGAUGGGCUUCAAAUCUUAGUUCCUAGUACAUUCAUAAGUGAUUCUUCACAAAAAGCAGUUAGUGGAACCAGCCAACAAUCUAUGGCAAGUAGUGAAGGUGGAAUAGGUAUAGAUGAAGAAGUUAAAAGCAUUAAUAUGAGAGCUGAUGAAACUAUGCCACCCAGAGGUGAACUAUCAGAACAAGAAAGCAAUGGAUGUACAGAACAAUCAGCUUGGCAGUUAUAUGCUGGUCAAGAAUCAUCAAGAAUGUCAACAUCUUAUGAUCUAAUGGCACGUGAAAGUUGGGAAGAAUCUGAUGGAUCAGACAAUGAAAUUACAGGCCCAUUAUUAGAUAGCAGAUCUUUAGCAACACAUUUUACAUCAAGUUUAUUUUUAGAUCGAGAUAGAAAAACUCCUACAAAAAGAAUGUUCAAAUGUUAUCAUUGCCCUGAAGUAUUUGAUUGUCCGAAAGAACGCAGAGUACAUAGUACCACCGCGCACAAAGAAGCUGGUCCGAGUAGCAGUAGAGAAUCUACAGAACAACCUGAAGUAAAGGAUAUUAAGUUAUUGGAUGGCCGUAUGAAUGUAUUUGAAGAUAUUUUUGUACCAGGUUUACAUGUUCAACAAGUUUAUCACCAGCAACCACUGUUACAUCAACUUCAACCACCACAAUCAUGUACAGAUGUAACUACAAAAGUAGAAUCUGAUCAAAAAAUUGAAACACUAGUAAUACCAUCAAACAUUGAAGUGAUCUGCACCCUUUGCAAUCAGAGAUUUAAUAGUGAAAAAUCAUUACAACUACAUCAUAGAAGAGUACAUAUUACAGAAACAACAAAACGAAUUCGUGAGAGCACCAAGUGUCAGAUAUGUCACGAAGAAUUUCCUUCAGUUCUAUUGUACAAUGCCCAUUUAAAAAUACAUCCAUUAGAAUGUAGUCAAUGUGGAAAGUAUUUUUAUAGAAAACAAAAUUUCAAAUUACAUAUGAAACGACAUUUAGGAAUUAAACCAUUUCCAUGUACUGUUUGUGACAAAGCAUUUUUAACAAAACAGAAGUUAGAUGAACAUACCAAUGGCCAUACCGGAAAUGCACCUGUUAAGUGUAAUCUUUGCAAUGAAACAUUUCGCAGAUAUUCAAAUCUAACACAGCACAAAAAUAGACAUCAUUUGAAUAUAAAAAAGAAAUUAAAAGAUUACAUAUGUCAUUGUGGUGAGGUUUUUCAUACAAAGAAAAAGUUAGCUUGGCAUAAAGAAACACAUGAUGAAAAACCCAAAGCAUGUACAUAUUGUAAUGAAAGAUUCAUUCACAUGGCCAGCCUGACUAGACAUAUGCGCCGAGCUCAUAAUAAAAGAUUCGUUCCAGAUGCUCAAAGAGAGAGCGAAAAUGUUGAAUGUCCUGUAUGUAAGUGUAUUUAUUUACGAUCUUCCUUAGCAGUGCAUAUGCGAGUACAUAAUGGUGAAAGACCAUAUGAAUGUCAAGUUUGCUCUAAAGCAUUUAGUACUAAGUGGAACUUACAAUUGCACAAAUGGACUCACGCUGCCCGUAGCACCAAACCUUUCAAGUGUAAUCAGUGUAGUGGCGCGUUUUACCGGCACAGUGAUUAUACUGCUCAUAUGAAUUCUCAUAGAAACGUGCGUCCUUAUACCUGUAACUAUUGCGGAGCGCAGUUCAUACGAAAAUAUAAUUGUUUAAGGCAUGUAAAGGAACAUGAAGAGAACAAAGCAUAUACAUGUGAUGUUUGCAACAAAACUUUUCAUAGAUCAUAUUAUCUGAAAGAACACUUGCGAGUACAUUCAGGUGCCAGACCAUAUACAUGUCAUAUUUGUGGAAAGUCUAGCGGUACGAAAUCCAAUCAUAACAAACAUGUCAGAAUUCAUCAUGCACGAGAACCUGUAAAUACCGAAAAUUAAAAAGCGAACGAGACUUUUGAUCCAGUUUACUUAGUCAAUAUUUUUAAACAUCUUACAAAACUUUACCUUAACGUUUUACCUCUUAUUCUUCUAUGUGCUGAAAUUUUUUUUUUUUUGAAAACUGAAGCAAACAAUAAUAAAUGUAAUAUAUCUAUAUAUAUUACAUCUCUUAAUCUUUUACAAAUCUCGUUCGUUUCUGUUAUUGUUUCUUAAAUAUUUUAAUUUAGAGAUUUUAAAUUCAAAUUACCUGCUAGUAUUAUUACUAGCAGUAUUUAACUAGAUAAAGGGAUUUAACUUUCUUUAAUCAUAAAGAACAAGAGGACGAGUUUACGUUGUAUUGUGCAUUGUGCAUUGUAUGUUGCACUUCGUAAAUUUUCGUCAUAUAGUCUACUAAAUACAAUGACUCGAGACUGUAACUACUUAAGAUAAUAAGAAAUUUUUAACAAAUAUUAGCUGGUACAUGUCUGAAGAUUUGAAUAACUUCCAUAAAGGAAGACUAUACGAUGAAAUGCUUUUGCCAACUUAUACUAAUUAACUAUUAGAUAAUAAUAACUAACUGAUUAUGGAAUCAUUAAGCACUUUUAUGUGUUGAUCGUUGUACGAAAUUUUUUUACAAUAACUAUUUUACACAAAGUAUAUAUAUUACGAUUUUAUGUAUUGGCAUCGAAUGUGAGAAGGAACUGGGAGAAUCGUAUUUAUUUGCGUUGAAUUUAUUACGCAUAAGCUCGUAUCAAUAAUUAGCAUUAUUAAUUAUCACAAGGUAGUUACGGAUCUUAGUUAUAUUUAUAUAUUUUGCAAAAUAUAUAAUAAUUUUUAUCACUAAUGGCAAUUCCAAGACUGAUCGAUGUUGGUUCCUCAUAUUGCUCUCCGACAUACAUUCAAUAUAUGUAUGUCUUAAAUGACAAGCAAGAACAAUUGUGUAUGCGGUUAUUUGAAAUAUUUGGUAUAGUGAUACUGUGACAAAUAUCUUAAUAGUUAAUUGUUUUAUAUUAAAAUAUUUGGCAGAUCAUGUAUCAUUUAAUUUCUAGAGAGCAAUAUGAAUGAAGGGGCGCUAAUAUAUUAAAUAUAUCAAAAUUGUGCUACCAUAAUUAUAUUGCGUUCGAUGGACGUUUUGUUACGAAACUGGGUUCCCAUAAACUGUUACCGUAAAUUUCAACAAAACUGCAUGAAACAUUUUUAAAAUAGUUAUGCUGUUUCCAUAACAUACUUUGAGUUUCAUCUUGUUAAUAGUUAUUUAACAAAUUACAUUUUAGUUUCGUUAAUAGUUAAAUAUAGCAGUUUUCCAAUAUUGUCAAUCAUUAAGCGAAACUUGUUUGUAUGCAUGACCAACAUCGACGUCCAAAUGUGCAAUCGUUUAGUUAAACAUACGUAUUCUACUUGAAUGCAAUUGUAGAUAAUGUAAAUAUGUAUAUCAGUUUUAUUUUAUAACUGAACCAACAAAUUCUGUUGGGAACUAAUAACUGUCUAAAAACGACUCGUACUCCUAUGAGGAUAAAAAUAGGCUAAUUAUUAUCAUAAAAAGAAACUAUAAAUCUGCAACACCUGUAUACCUUAAUAAAAAUUAUGUAUUGAGGUACUUUUUUAAA